AUGAAUAUUAACUUAAAUGCUCAAACAACAGGGAAAUUAUCAGGGCAUAAAGCAUGUAUAACAAAAAUUCUGUUUAGUAAUGAUGAAAAUUAUAUUGUUAGUUCAAGCUUAGAUAAUAAAAUUUGUCUUUGGAAUAUUAAUACACAAUUACAUAUAAAUACAUAUAAAGAUGUACAUAAAAAAGGAAUAAAUGACAUAGCUCUUUUCCGAGAUAAUACAAAAUUUUUUUCUGCUGGGAAUGAUAUGUAUGCAUAUUUAUGGGAUACAUUAUCCAACAGAAUUUUAAAUAGAAUUAAUGUAAAUGAUAAGAUAAAUGUUAUUAAAUUAAGUAAAAAUGAAAAAUUGCUUUUUUGUAGUAAAAAUAAUGCAAUAAAUAUUUACGAUUUUAAAGAAAGAGAUUUUAAAAAAAAAAAUAACCCACUGCAAAUAUUUAAUGAUGCUAAAGAUAUGAUUUCUGAUAUUUAUAUUGAUGACUAUGAAAUUUAUAGUUGUAGUAUUGAUAACAUACUAAGACUUUAUGAUUUGAGAAUGGGAAAAAUGACAAGUUAUAAUAUGAAAUCCUCUAUUUUAAGUAUUGAUGUAACAAAAGAUAGAAAUUAUUUUUGUGUUAAUUUAAUAGACAACAGCAUUAAGUUGAUUGAAAAAAAUAGUGGAAUUGUACUUGCUUUAUAUAAAGGUGAUAUGAAUAACAAUCAUAAAAGGAACAUAAAAUUUGAUAAUAAAAAUAAAUAUAUAUUUUCUUGUUCAUAUAAAAAUGAAUUAUAUAUUUAUGACAUUGUUAAAAGUAACUUAAUUAAUAAUACAACAUUUUACAAUGAUUUGGAAUAUGAAGAAAACUUGGAUAUAUAUAAAAAUACAUAUUUUAAAAUAAAUAUAGGUAAACCAACAUAUUACUUAAAUAUUAAUCAAAAUUUACUUACAGAAAAUACUUACAUAGAUAGAGAAAAAUAUGAUUCUGUUUUAAAUAAAUAUAAAAUUUAUGGUAAAAAAGCAAAAAUGCAUUUAUCCGAUAAUGAUUUUAAAAAUAUAAACAAUAAAUUAGUAUGUGGUGAUGUAGAUGGUGAUAUACAUAUAUUACAACUAUAUUACGACUAA